AUGUCGUGCCCAUUGACUAGCCGGAAUACAAACUUGGAAAGUUUGAACAUGGUGUGUUUGUUCUGUUGCAUUUUACCCGGUGGAGCCGAUCAGAAGAAGGUAAAAAUCGAUCCAUUGUCUAUUGGACCCCCCACAGGAUUUCGGCAUGUGGCCCACAUGGGCUCAGGUAUUCAACGGGAGAGUACGAUGACACUAACCGAUGAAUUUGAGGAGUACGAUUUCCCGGUUCAUCUGAAACUCAUCGACCUGCCGGUUUCAGCGGAAAGAAAAUCUAGCUCACCCUCUGGGGAUAGCUAUAUGACCAGUCUGGCCGAACCUCCUGUGGACCAGGUGUUCUUUUCGAACAAUACUGACACGUCGUCCAGUCUGCAACCUGAGCCUCGGGAACCAGCUGUUCUAGCGCGUCGACCUGUCCCCACCCCGAAUGCAUUUGAGAUCGGAUCAACUUCUCCCGGUUAUUCCUUCCCUCCAUCACCGCAACGCUGCCCCAGCUCGGCCCCAGCUCGGCCUGAUCGCAAUUCAAACUUUUCUCCGCUUCCACCACCUCCACCCCCGCCGACCUACCGACAGUUUCUUCGUGUUUCUUCUAGCUAGAUGGUCAAUCAACUGCAUUUAGCUACUUGGGACAUGAAGUUCUUGGCUGUUGUCAUGCGUCAACCUGCAGCUCAGCCUUCUGAUGGUACCGAUUUCUGUCACCUGGAUGGAGCCCGUCACCUACAUUUCUGUGAAAAACUCAAUUCCCCCGUUGGUGAUCAGUCGAUCAUCCGCUCUACUCUCCUCGCUCAUCCUGAUCACGUGACUUCUCCGUCAACUUCUUACGCCUGUCUAGUUUUGUGUAUUCUGAUUUGUUUUUUUUGUACGCAUAAUUUCCUAAUGCUCUAUGAUGAAUCACUUUCUCCUCUGUCUGAUUUCCAACGUUUCAUUUGUAUCAAGUCACUUUCUACUGCCAUCUUAGUACGUCAUACGCAUUGGACGUCCUACUGGUGUUUGUUUGAACGAUUACCAGGAGUUGGGUGAUUAGAC